AUAUCAGCUUACACUUAGUUGUAGCAGUGAGCUGAGCUCUGAGAGAGAGAGAGAGAGUGUGUGUGUGUGUGUACAAUUCCCUCCUUCCUGUCACCCUUUGAAGCAUUUUAUCAAACACCUAGCCCCUCUCUCCCUCGUCUCUGUUCGGUGCCCUUCACAGAGCAUGGCAUCCGGUUCGGUGACCACCUGCUGGACCGCGAAGCAGAACAAGAUGUUCGAGAAGGCGCUGGCGGUGUACGACCAAGACACGCCGGACCGCUGGCACCACGUCGCCCGCGCCGUCGGAGGGAAGACCGUGGACGAAGUGAAGCGCCACUACGAGCUGCUCGUCGCAGACGUCCGCCGGAUCGAGAAGGGCCAUAUGCCUUACGCCACCUACCUCUCAUCUGGGAUCAGGGGUUGAAAUGGUUGAAACAUGAAGGCACGAAUGACCGACUCUCUUCUCUGCACAUCCACUUGGAAGAAACAGAUACUGCAAAUACUGUAAAAGGAUCAGGAAGUCUUUGAUCUUUAGUAGCCUACUCUUCUUUCUUAUAUCCUAAACUGUAUAUAUAUUUAGUAAUGUUCGUAACAAAUUUCUAUAUAAUUUCCGAAAAACAAAAAAAUCAUAAUCAGUGUGUUUCUAUA